CUCACUUGGCCAUCAGUAAUCCUCACAUACCGACACUUUUAAGCUUUAAUAUAUCUGUUCUCGGGCCACCAGUACUGGCACAGUACUCACAUUUUAAGACGUAUUCCUUUCAAAGUCGUUUAAAUAAGCUGACUUAAGACACCAACCAACCAGAGAGGUUGUUAUCGAGCCAGCAGCAGACUGCCCUUUGUCUCUCCGGCUAGCAGCAUCGUCAGCUAACGCCUGAUCUCGCAGCUUUUGGUCGAUUAUUUUCGCUUGACAAGUAGAUAAGUCAACCAAGAUAGGCGGCUUGGGAUCCAAGAUGUCGAAUCGAGCUGUGUGCAGAGAAGCAAGUCACGCCGGGAGCUGGUACUCCGCAUCGGGAUCCCAGCUGAAUGCACAACUAGAGGGUUGGCUGUCUCAUGCACAGUCCACGAUCAGACCUGCUAGAGCCAUCAUAGCACCCCAUGCUGGGUAUACCUACUGUGGUGCUUGUGCAGCAUUUGCCUACAAGCAAGUUGACCCCUCUAUCACUCGUAGAGUGUUUAUCCUGGGACCUUCACACCAUGUGCCGCUCUCCCGCUGUGCCCUGUCUCCUGCAGACAUCUAUAGAACACCCCUUUAUGACCUGAGAAUCGACCAGAAGGUUUAUGCAGACCUCUGGAAAACUGGGUUGUUUGAGAGGAUGACUAUACAGACAGAUGAAGAUGAGCACAGUAUUGAGAUGCACUUGCCUUACACUGCUAAAGCCAUGGAGAGCCACAAAGAUGAGUUCAGCAUUGUUCCUGUGCUCGUGGGUGCCCUAAGUGAGUCCAAGGAACAGGAGUAUGGGAAGCUGCUCAGCAAGUACCUGGCAGACCCUUCCAACCUCUUCAUCAUCUCAUCUGACUUCUGCCACUGGGGUCAGCGUUUUCGCUACACAUACUACGAUGAAGCUCAAGGGGAGAUCUACAGAUCUAUUGAGCAUCUUGAUAAAAUGGGGAUGAGCAUUAUAGAGCAGCUGGAUCCCAUGUCUUUCACCAACUACUUGAAAAAGUACCGCAACACCAUCUGUGGCCGUCAUCCGAUUGGAGUGCUGCUAAAUGCUGUGGCUGAGCUUAGGAAGGCCGGUCUAGAAAUGAACUUCUCUUUCCUGAACUACGCCCAGUCGAGCCAGUGCAGGAACUGGCAGGACAGCUCCGUGAGCUACGCUGCUGGGGCCCUCAUUGUUCAUUGAGGUCAACUGUUACGGGGGCCACUGCAGUGCCGCCACUCUGCCCUUGAUAUCUACCGCCAUAAUCUGUCCCGUACUCCCUAUCCUACCCCCAGUUACGCCCACUUUUUGCAGGAAGGACAGAGACAGUCAAAGCCAAUACACUUGUUUUAGCCUCUCGGCUCUCCUCCACCCUGCUUUCAGUUUGAAGUGUCUCCAAGAGCUUUUGGUUGAAGUGCAGUUUUAAGAAUAUGUGGAACAACAAAUUGGAGGUAUGAGGGGGGGGGUGUUUUAUUUGGGAUUUUGGAAGGAUUCUAGUUGUCCUCUUAGUCCCCUUUUUUUUUUUUUGUUUUUUUUUUUGCUUCCCUGACAACACAGUGUUUGAGUUUACUAAUGCAAUCUUUAUAUUUGGACCUAAUCUGUUCUCUUGUAAUUUGCAACAGAAAAGGAAUUAAAAUAAUACUGCAGAUAUAAAAAGAGAAUAUUCUGAUGUUGCCAGAUUAACGUGAAAUGAGUCUUUUGACUGCUUCAAGCAACAUGUGACUUAAACCUUAAAUGUUCAUAGAUUAACCGCUACCAGGGCUCAGCGUAUAUAGUAGUUGCAAACAAAGGGCUGCACCCAACAAGAUUCAUUAACUUCCUAUUAUACAAACCAAAAACAUUAUAAUCACAAGAUUGAUUUCUUUUUGUUUUAGCAGUUUUAUUAGAUGUAGAAGUAUUUACUCAAUUGGUGUGUAGAUUUGAGAACACGGGUGUACCACUGGAGCUCUAAGGCUCUUAACAUGGUUUGACCAGUAGAUUGUGUGCAACACUGAGCUUAUUUUACCUUUUUUGUAGACUUGUAGGAAAUGUCUUCUGUUACAGUUUCACUUCUGUAAGAACUGCAGAUAUUUGAUUUGGGGUCUAAAAGUGGCAAAGCAGAACAUUCUACGCCCAUCUUCUUGAAUUAUAUCUGUGCUGUAUGCUGUCAUUUACAGCCGAUCUCUUUGUUUUGAUUGACCAAUGCCAAAACCCUCUGAGGAAGACUUGUUCCCUUUCCCCAACCUUACAUUUUUCCAGUUUUGACAGGUAAUAUAAAAAAUUCUCCAUUGAAAUAAGAAAAUCAAUUAUAAAAGCUUGCAGUAGAUAAAAUAAAGUGAUAGAUGCCACAGGUAUUGAAGUCAGCACAACGGCAUAAUGCUUUCCUGUAGAUUUGAACCGAGACACGGACAGAUGUUUUUCCUUGCUGUAUUUUUGGAUUUAUUGGACGGAUAAGAAACGCCAUUGACAUUUGCUUAAUGUAACGUAAAGCACAGGAUCACAGGGGAUUCAUUGCUAACAAAAGAAGUGGCUGAAUGGAGGGAAAAAAAAACACCCAAUGACUCUUUGUAGCUGUGUAGGCGUUCAGCGAACAUUUGACAAUGGGCUGCACACGGUGUCAGCUCCUCUGUCAUGUGAGGUUUGAAUGCUAGUCACCUCUGAUUUUUGCCACUGAAGUUCAGUAAUUCCACCUUGAGAUUCAGUGGUGUAACAUGAGGCCCCCCCUCCCCCCCUCCCGGCACUGUUGGAGGUACUGCGCUUGACUUUAAUAUACAAAAGCUGGUUAAACCGAGUAGACACAGAUUAAAAGAUGAAUCCCCGGGCUCACUUGACCUCUAGUGCUAAUUUGAGGGAAACUAGCGAAGCAUGACACACUGUGCUACUGUGCCUUUGAUCACUCUUGCACAUUUAAAUAUAAAGCGUAUUCUCACUUUCAGUCUUAUAUUAGAUGUGUUCUUUUGGGCUUUUUUCUUUUUUUCGUCCGUGUGUGCCCUCCCUCCCCCUGUUGCUAACAGCCCAACUCUGUACCUGGCUCAGCCGAAGCACCAGGAGUGUAUGACCAAUUUAUGGAGUGUGUUGGUCUAAAAUGACAUCAACUGUUAUCUGGUUUCUCCAGCAGGGAGUGGUCUUCUGUUGUCUCACAUCACCUCAUUCCUGUAGAGAGAGACGAAGCCUAAACCUCAACACUGUUCACUUGUCUGUUUAUUAAUGUUUUUGUUUUUUUAGAAAAAGGCUUUUGUAUUUUUUUUUCUUUUUUUCUUGGUUAGAGAAUUGGAACUUACACGUCAUAAUCCUAAAAUAUACUGCUUAAAUACUCCCUUGUUGGAGUUUUUUUGAUCUCAGGUUCCACUGACAAAGCAUCCCUAAAGGCUCUUAACAAAAAAGGGCGAGGAUUCAUGUUACAAAAGAAGUAAAAUGUGCUGAAAAGCAUGUCUGCUCUGGUGUCUUCUGUCUUCUGAUGAUUACUGAUAUACAUAGAACAACUAUUUUUUUGUUAUAUGCAUUUAAAUUGUUUAAUCAUGGUCAAGAAAUAUGUAAGUUUCUUGAAUAAAACAGUCAGACGAGAUAAGAUAAUCAUUUUAGUCCCACAGGUGGGACAUUUACAUGUUACAGCAGCAACGGAUAAUAGAGAAUCUCAAAAAAACAUCAUAUAGAACUGAACCCAGCAUUUAAAAAGAAACAACCAUUAAACAUUGACAGUCAGCUUGGGUCAAACGGUCAAAAACAUGGUGAUAAAUGCAGCGUUUCCGGUAAGUAUCGUGAAGGAUACAAUCAAAUCAAACAGCUGCUCG